AUGUCUAGCACAGAAAGCGCCCUGCACAGAGAUUCUGCUGUCGCCAACAGAGAACCGGAAUAUAUUAAUUCCCUCGAGGUGUGCAUAAUCGGCAGUGCCAGAUGUCGGGGGCGGCUGCGUACUGUGAAGUCUGCUGAGACGGGCUGCCCCCUAGCGCGUCGCACGUCGAGCGGCGCGGCGCGGGACACGCGGGUCGUCGUUCCGAACACGCGGCGGGCGGCGGCGGGCGGGCGCGCGAACGCCGGCUGCGCGGGCAACGCGAUCAAGACGACGAAGUACACGCUGCUGACGUUCCUGCCGAAGAACCUCUUCGAGCAGUUCCAUCGGUUCGCGAACCUCUACUUUGUGUUCAUCGUCGCGCUCAACUGGAUGCCGUCGAUCAACGCGUUCGGCAAGGAGGUGGCGAUGAUCCCCGUCGUCGUCGUCCUCACCGUCACCGCCGUCAAGGACGCGUACGAGGACUACCGGCGCCACCUGUCGGACGAGCGCAUCAACGGCGCGCCGUGCCGCGUGUUCCGCGGCGGCGGCGGCGGGGGUCGGUACGUGCGUGAGCACUGGCGGGACGUGCGCGUCGGCGACGUUGUGCACCUGUCCUGCGACGAGGUGAUCCCCGCCGACGUGCUGCUGCUGCGCUGCAGCAACGCGCGCGGCGUCUGCUACGUCGAGACGACAAACCUCGACGGCGAGAGCAACCUCAAGCGGCGGCGCGUCGCGCGCGGCCCGCCGGACGUCGUCGCCGCCGCGCAAUUCAUCGUCGAGUGCGACACGCCGAACAACCAGAUUGACCGGUUCGGCGGCGCGGUCGCGCACACCGACGGCCGCCGCGUCGCCGUCGGCAACGACAACCUGCUGCUGCGCGGCUGCGUGCUGAAGAACACGGACUACGUCGAGGGCGUCGUCGUCUACGCGGGCCACGAGACGAAGGCGAUGCUCAACAACGGCGGUCCGCGCUACAAGCGCAGCCGCCUCGAGCGCCACAUGAACCGCGACGUCGUCUGGUGCGUCGCGCUGCUCCUGCUGCUGUGCGUCGCCGGCGGUGCGGGCAGCGCCCUCUGGCUGGGGAGCCACGGCGACGCCGAACUUCCGUUCGUGCCGCCGGGCUCGGAGGAGCGCGACGCUCUCGCGCGGCACGGCGUGCAGGUGUUCCUCACCUCCAUCAUUCUCUACCAGCUGAUGAUCCCGCUGUCGCUCUACGUGUCGAUGGAGCUCGUCAAGCUCGGGCAGGUGUACUUCAUCGACCGCGACGCGGCGAUGCGCGACGCGCGCACGGGCUGCGGCGUCGAGUGCCGCGCGCUCAACAUCACCGAGGACCUCGGCGUCGUCGAGCACGUGUUCUGCGACAAGACGGGAACGCUGACCGAGAACGACAUGGUCUUCAAGAAGUGCACGGUCGGCGGCGCCGCGUUCGCUCAGCGCGAGAGGGAGGGGGAGAAGGUGAAGGGGAAGAACCGGGACGACGUCGAUCCGGCUCUCUACAGCACGGUGAGGGGCAUCACCAAGGACACGCUGGCCGGCGGGAGCUUUCCCGAGAAGCGCGCGGCCGCCGACAGGAUGCCUCCCGGAUGGGACCCCCUCCAGAGUGGGAUCUCUCCCAGCAGGAGCGAUCCGGACGGGAGUGAUCGCGACGACGCGUGGCGCCACGACGUCCAGGAGUUCUUCGUCGCCAUGGCGAUCUGCAACACGGUCGUUGUCAGCAAGCAUCCGCACCGCGACCGCAUGGACGCGAGCGGUGUCGUCCACGAUGACGACGACGUCGCCACGACGACGACGACGACGACGACGACGACAACGAAGUUCGAGAGCCACUUUGGCUUCAUGCCCGCGAUCCCGCGGUUCAUCAAACGCUUCAAAUCGUCCGGGAAGGAUCCCGUCGUGACGGAAUCCUACCGGAAGAACGACGACGACGGCAUCGCAGCGGUUGCCGCGGACAACGACGAGGCGCCGUACUACGAGGCGGAGAGUCCGGACGAGCUGGCGCUGGUGCAAGCGGCUUGCGCGUACGGGGUGACGCUUCUGCAGCGCACGGACGACGCCGUGCGCGUGCGCCUGCCCGACGGUUCACGCGUGACCUUUGACCUGCUGCACGUGCUGCCGUUCGACGCGGCGCGGCGGCGCAUGUCGGUCGUCGUGCGCGCGGCCGGCACUCGAGACCCGGUGCUCUACUGCAAAGGCGCCGACUCGGCCGUCAUGACGAAGCUGCGCGCGGACUCGCGGCACGCCCGCCGCGUCGUCGACGCAACGAUGCACCACCUGGAUGGGUACGCGCGCGAGGGCCUGCGCACGCUGUGCGUCGCGCGGCGCGCACUCGACCCCGACGAGUACGCCGCCUGGCGGCCGGCGCAGCGGGCGGCGGAGACCGCGGUCGCGGGCCGGGAGGGCGCGCUGCUGCGCGCGGCGUGCGCCGCGGAGACGGAGAUGCGUCUGCUCGGCGCGACGGGGGUCGAGGACCGGCUGCAGGAGGGGGUGCCGGCGUGCAUCAGCGCGCUGCGCGCCGCGCGCAUCAACGUCUGGCUCAUCACCGGCGACAAGCGCGAGACGGCCGUCAACGUCGCCUACUCGUCGCGCGUCUUUGCCGCCGACAUGAAGCUGCUGCAUCUCAACGCGUGCACGGCCGAAGCCGCCGCGCUGCAGAUGCGCGCCUACGCCGAGGAGAUCGCCGAGUCGACGCCGGCGCCCCCUGGCGGCUACGCGCUCGUCGUCGACGGCCACGCGCUGGCGUUGGCGCUCGAUCGCGGCGGCGAUGCGGGGGCGGCGUUCGUCGAGCUGGCUUCGCGCUGCGCGGCCGUGCUCUGCUGCCGCGUGUCGCCGCUGCAGAAGGGAGCCGUCGUGCGCCUCGUCAAGGACUCGCUCGGCGUUCUCACCCUCGCCGUCGGCGACGGCGCCAAUGACGUGACGAUGAUCCGCACGGCAGACGUCGGCGUCGGCAUCGCCGGCCAGGAGGGCAUGCAGGCGGUGAUGGCGAGCGACUUUGCGAUGCCGCGCUUCCGGCACCUCGCGCGGCUGCUGCUCGUGCACGGACACUGGUGCCACGACCGGCUCGCGCGCAUGAUCCUCUACUUCUUCUACAAGAACGCGUCGUACGUCUUCGUGCUGUUCCUCUACCAGUUCCACUGCAUGUUCUCCGGGCAGGUGAUGGUCGACCAGAUCUACCUGAUCCUCUACAGCCUGCUCUUCACCGCACUGCAGCCGCUCGCUGUUGGCGUCUUCGACCGCGACGCGUCGCCCGAGCUCCUGCUCGCUCGCCCGCGCCUCUACGCGAGCGGCGCCACCGCCUACCGCCCCGGCUCCUUCUGGCUGAACAUCCUCGAUGCCGUCUACCAGAGCGUCGUCGUCUUCUACGUGCCGCUGGCGGCGUUCUCGCCGUCCGACGCGCUCGGCAUGUGGGAGCUGGGCACGCUGAGCACGACGGCGUGCGUGUGCGUGCACACGGCGCACCUCGGCGUCGAGACGCGCUCGUGGACGGCGGCGCACGCGGCCUCGAUCGCUGCGAGCGUGGCGGUGUACGCGGCCGUCGCGCUGCUCGUCUCGAGCAUCUGCCUGACGUGCAACCCGCCGUCGAACCCCUACUGGGUGACGAUGCACGUCGCCGCGCGGCCAGCGCACUGGUUCGCCGUCACCGCCGCCGUCGUUGCCGCGCUG